UAUAUAUAUAUAUAUAUACGAUAGAACAGUUAAGUUGAGAUCAAGUAAUGAAUGUAUUUUAAACUGGGAAAGAGAACAUAAAGAUGGCAUCUCAGAAGAUUAUAAGAAAAAUAAUAUCAUCUUCAUUAGGUCCAAAACCUAUUGGACCAUAUAACCAAGCAGUACUUGUAGAUCAUACUUUAUAUUUGUCUGGAGCUCUUGGUAUUGAUGUUAAAACUGGAAAACUUGUUGCUGGAGGUGCUGCUGUAGAAGCUCGCCAAGCUCUUAUAAAUAUGGGCCAUGUCUUAAAGGAAGCUGGAUCUAAUUAUGAUAAAGUCGUUAAAACAACAAUUUUCUUACAAGAUAUUAAUGAGUUUAGUGAUGUAAAUGAAGUCUACAAAGAAUUUUUUAAGGAAAGCUAUCCAGCUAGAUCUACAUUCCAAGUUGGAAAGUUACCAAUGGGAGCAAAAUUUGAAAUUGAAGCUAUUGCUGUUGUUGGUGAGGUAGAAACAGUUUGAAUAUUAUAAGCAAAAUUAAUUUAAAUUUUAUAUAUCAAUGAAAUAUGUUUACAUUUAAGCAUUUAAAUAUUAUCUUGAAUUUACUGUUUUUAUGUAUGAUGCUUUUAUGAUUAUAUUAAUAAAAAUCUGGUUCUUUUACCAUAUGUAUAUUUAAAUAUAAGUUUAUUUUUUAAAAACAAAUAAUGGGUAAUAGUAAUGGGAAAUAUCUUUCAUAAAUUAUAUCAAAUAUUUUUGUACUAUUGAAAAACCUUAGAAAUAAAUAUUUUUGCAAAGUUUCCUUUAAUAUUUUGCUUUAUACAGGACAUAUAAAAAAAGUAGAAAACGUAAAAUAA